AUGGUUACGAGAAUUUUUUCUUCUCUACGAGAAAAUGAGAAUUUAACUGUUGAAAAAAACGAUUCCAACAGUUUACAUUAUUAUUCACCAUAUAAUAACGUUUACAUUUCUUGCGAUCGACAACUCAAGAAAAUACAAAAUUAUUUUCCAUACCGUUCUGCAACUUAUCAACGAAUAAACGAUUCUGACCAAACAGCAUUUUUAUUUAUUAAAAAACAAAAAAAAAUUCUCAAUUUACAUCCAGGUAGAUUUUAUGUACAACAAAAAACAAAUAUGAAUGGUGAAUCGCGUGUUCAAGAAUAUUGUCGAUAUAGAGAUGCUCACAAUAAUGGAUCAAUAAACACAACUGUUUUUGUUGAUAAACAUUUACAAAUUCCUUGUUAUUUACAAAUUACAAAACGAAAUGAGAAUGAAUAUUCAAGAUAUAGAAAUUCUAAUUUGUCAAGAGACAGAUCAAUAAAUCGAACUGAUACACGUUUAAAAACUCAUUACAAAUGUCGAUCUUUAAUUUAUGAUAGUGAAGCUAAAGUUAGUAAAAAUAAAUUAUUUAAUAAUAAACAAUUGAUUUUAUUUGCUUUUCUUUUAAAGCGUUUUAAUGUAUCGGAUGAUAAAGUAUCUUGGAAUGUUGAUUAUCCGGAUUAUAAACCUGUUGAAUAUACAACUACUAAAAUUCAACGUAAUCCAAAAGCUGAUUCAUGUGAUCCAUCGAAAAUUACUAAAUUCAAUCAAGUUGAUAAUAAAAUCGAUCGACGAAGUUUUACUGGUUUCUAUUAUAUUGAUCCGAUAACUCAACGACCAAGAAAUCCAAUAGGAAGAACAGGCAUGACUGGUCGAGGUCGUCUAUAUCAUUGGGGUCCUAAUCAUGCUGGUGAUCCAGUUGUUACACGUUGGAAACGUGAUGAAAAUGGUUCGAUAGUUUAUCGUCGAAUAAAUGCACAUUGUCAUUUAAAGCCUGUUCUUGAAUUUGUUGCUAUUCGACGACGUGAUACUAAAGAAUGGGCUUUACCUGGAGGUAUGGUCGAUCCAGGUGAAAAUGUUUCAAACACAGUAAUGCGUGAAUUUCAAGAAGAAGCAUUACGUGAUGGUCUUGAUGAAAAUCUAAUAAAACGAUUAUUCUCAAAAGGUUAUAAACUAUAUGAAUCAUAUGUUGAUGAUCCUCGAAAUACAGAUAAUGCUUGGAUGGAAACAGUUGCUAUGCAUUUUCAUGAUGAAACAGGCCAAUUAACAGAUCAUCUUGAUUUACAUGCUGGUGAUGAUGCAGAUAAAGUUGUUUGGUGUACUGUCGAUCGAACACUUCAAUUAUAUGCGUCUCAUAAAGAUUUUCUUAAAGCAGCUGUUGAUCGUUUUGAUGCAUUUUGGUAA